UGAUUACGUAAUAACCCAUCUAACGAAAUUGUACAGAACACGUUCGCUGGAUCGGAUUAGAGAACCAUCAGAAGGUGAAGGCAAGUCUUAGAGAACCAGUGUCGCAGUAAAAACGAACCAGUUCGUUUAGUAGGUUAACGUAUUCGCAGAGAUAUUUUUAAAAUAAUUUUUCUAUAAUACACGUCGGUAUGGGUUAAUAUUUUAUAACGCGGUUUUCGCCUUUUUUUUUUCUCUCAAAAGAAAAAAAAGAGUUAUCCGUAACGUAAAUUGUUCCUAAAUGUGAUGCGUUUUUUCGCCCUAGUUUUAAAUUUUUUCUUCCUAUUUGUAAUGUCUCUGCAGAAUUUUAGUUUACCUUAUUCGUCAGCUGGUUAUUUCGGUGUUCCUGAAACCGCGUCUCCUUCGCCGAUUUAUUAUACCGAUGCGCAGCAAAAUAUACCGCCAAAAUUGUUCGGUUUCGCGGAUCAGCAGCAGUCACAACAACAGCAAUCUGUUCGAAAGCCGUAUCAGUCAUCGUCGUAUCAGCCUACAUACACGAGGGUUACCGGCGGAACGGAUCCUCGAAAUGGUAAAACAUCGGUUCACGCCGUCGUCGAUUACGACGAUGAUUUCAACGAUGGCGAAUCUUAUAAUCGCGAAAACGAUUACAACGAUAUUCAAAAUUCCAUCGAACAUUAUCCACUGCCAACGGUGACGCCGAUUCAAGGACCGAUUUUUUUAAAGAACGGUAGUGUUCCUGUCGUACCACUGUAUAGUUAUCCGAAAGUCAAUAAUGGCAGUUUUGUACAGAUACCGAUAAUGUGGGCAGCAUUAUCGUUAGCUUUAGGCUACGAAAUUCGCGGAGACAUAAUUCGAGGAGCUCCGUGUAUCAAACGUUACCAUCAAUUAUUUUGUCCAACAGCUGGUAACAGUUACCCAAUAGACCGAAUAGAAAAAUUUAUCGACGAUAAUAAAGCGUUGAUGCGAAGAAUGUACGGAGAAUUUGAAACCAGUAACGUCGAUUAUGGACCUCAAUUUAACGAUCCGCAAAGAAACAAACGUACUCGCAAUUACCCACCGCAGCCUCCUUCAGCGACAUAUGGCGGCGAAUCGUAUUUCAGUAGACUAUUAAAUAAACGACAAACUUUACCAAAAACUCCGCAAAGUGAAAGCGGCAGAUUGGAUUCCUGUGAGUCAAAAUUAGAAGUAGUUACACCUUACUGGGCUUCCAAUAGUGCCGGUAAAGUAAGAGCUAUUGUAAAUACGCAGCAUUUUGAACAAGCCAUACAUCAGGAAGUAUGCUCGAAGAGUGAAACUCGAAGAUGUUCAAACGACUGCCGUUGCGAACAGAAGUACAAAUGGCAUCGUCUUUUGUCAUACGAUCCAGAAAAUGACUGUAAAGGUAUCUUCAUGGAUUGGUUUUUAUUUCCUUCUUGUUGCGUAUGUAGAUGCUCGCCAUUGCCUAAUUAAUAUGUUACGUCUUCUUUCAUAAAAAUGCUGCAGUUACUGUAUUAAUAAAUUAUUUAGCUUUUUUGUAUAUGUCAUGAUCAAAUUUGUAUAGUAAAUAUAUUCUUUUUAUUUGAUAA